AGAAGAGAGACUUAAAUAGGCAACAAACUUCCUUCCGCUCAAUGAGAGAAGAAAAAUAGCGAUCAGCAGUAGGAACAGUCACAGCAACAACCCUGUGCAAUUGUUUGUGUUUGUGUAAGAUUAGCAUCAUGUCUUGGCAGACAUAUGUUGAUGAUCACUUGAUGUGCGAAAUCUCUAAUGGUAAUCGGCUAUCUGCAGCUGCCAUCUAUGGCCAUGAUGGAAGCCCCUGGGCUGCUAGUGCUUCUUUCCCUCAGCUUAAGGUCGAUGAGGCGACCGCCAUAAUGAAUGAUUUUGCUGAACCCGGAUCCCUUGCACCUACUGGCCUGCACAUCGGGGGAAUUAAGUACAUGGUCAUUCAAGGGGAGUCUGGUGCUGUCAUUAGAGGAAAGAAGGGAGCUGGAGGAGUGACCAUAAAGAAAACCAACUGUGCCCUGGUCUUUGGCAUUUAUGAUGACCCUGUAACUCCGGGCGAAUGCAAUAUGAUUGUGGAGAGGCUUGGCGACUACCUUAUCGAUCAGAACUUCUGAGAGCCUUCUGCUCUUGAUCUAUGAUCUAUGAUACUGGAUAUUGCAGUGAUAUUUAUCUCCAGUCGUCUGUAAAAAUCAGUGGAAUUUUUGCUGUCAAUAACUAAGAAAUACUGAGGAGAAACUACUUAGCAAUGUGAGGUUAAUUGUGCUUUUCUAGAAUUUUCCCUUUGGGUUAUGGUUUUCAAGUCACGGGUAUAUGGUAAUGAAAGAUUCUUCUGGCCGUUAUUUUUAUAAUGAAUUAUUCUUUGUAGCGUGAUUCUUAUAUCAGUUCUGAACAUGUAUGAUCUUUUCUAUUGAAUCUUUGAUAUUAGCAGGA